CCCCCUUGAGCUCAUGCACGAUUUUAUAUAAUAUUUGUCAGGCCAUUUUCCAUCCAGUCUUUUCAGAACGGUACCCAGUCUGAGCUUGCAACGAGAACCCCGGGGCCAGACGAGAGCGGGAACAAUGAUGCGCGACAGACAUAAGGCAAGGAGGAGGGGUGGGGUGGCUGAGCUUCCACUCUCAAGAUUUAAGCGGUCGAGAGCGGUCCUUCUGCUGACAGCAUCCAGCUCAGACGCUUGCCCCACACGCUGUGCUACAUCCCAUCCCGUCCCACGCUCGGAUUCAACCUAAAUUUGACACCCGCGCGCAUUGCGUGCGCGCUCGCCGCCGCGCCGCUCCACACCCCCCCACCCGGGGCCGGUCUCACUUAAAGCCACGAGAUCUCAGCUCUUAUUGGUCCUGAUGUUAGUGAAGGCCUGCCUCCACCAUCCCUUAGUGAAUCCAGAAAAGAAGAAUGUGACAGCCAAUCACAUUGAGGCAUUUCUAUGUUUUGACGCUUUCAAGACACAGAUCCAUCCCAGUUAGAUGGAGGAAAGAGAGCGGAGCAGAAGUCGCUCCCCACGUAGGGUUCGUCGGGUGGAGCAGGUUGUCGGGAGAUGGCUGCGCCGAUCACGAGACUCCCUCAGCAGGGAGAGAAUUCUGGGAGACAGGAAGUCAGGUCGCUCGGAAGACGGAGGCCAACAGCAUUUCCCUGUCAAGGAGACAGUGGAGGUGAUCAGGGACGCUGUGCUGGACUCACACGGCUUCACCCUCUCCACACAGCUCCCCCUGCUGGUCAGGGACGUCAUUCCAGGAGGGCCAGCAGACGGGCGUCUCUUACCUGGUGACCAGCUGUUGAAAGUGAAUAACAAAGCCAUAGAUGACCUGUCUCCAGAAUUUGUUGAGAACAUGAUCAGGGAGUGUCAGGAUUCGGUAACCAUGACUAUCCUCAGAAACAUGCUGAAUCCCAAGUCCUCGUUUAUGACGGCAGAAAAGAGGGCACGUCUGAGAAGAAAUCCAGUUAAAGUGCACUUCGCGGAGGAGGUGGUUGUCAACGGACACGCUCAGGGAAACUCCCUUCUGUUCCUGCCCAACGUGCUGAAGGUCUACCUAGAGAACGGCCAGACCAAAGCCUUCAAGUUUGAUAAAACCACCACUGUCAAGGACAUUGAGCUGACUCUGAAGGAAAAGCUGUCGAUCCAGUGUAUUGAGUAUUUCUCUCUGGUGCUGGAACAGCAAUAUAGCAUCACCAAACUACUGUUACUGCAUGAAGAUGAGCUCAUUCAAAAGGUGGUACAGAAGAAGGACUCCCAUGAUUACAGAUGUCUGUUUCGAGUGUGUUUUAUCCCCCGAGAUCCUGUGGACUUGUUACAUGAUGACCCGGUCGCCUUUGAGUAUCUCUUCCAUCAGAGUGUAGGAGAUGUGUUGCAAGAGCGGUUUGCAGUAGAGAUGAAGUGUAACACUGCUUUGAGGCUGGCAGCACUGCACAUGCAUGAAAGGAUGGCCAGCAGUGGACAUACUACAAGAGCAUCUGUAAAGAGCAUAAUAAAAGAGUUCGGGUUGGAAAGUUUCAUUUCUCCCACGUUGCUGAGGAAUAUGAAAGAGAAAGACUUGCGAAAAGCUCUCACGAGUCACAUGAAAAAGAUCCAGUCACUGCUAGAGCCUCGCCAAAAAGUAUUUUCUGUGCCUCAGGCCAGGUUGGCAUAUCUAACUCAGAUGGCAGAACUGAUCUCGUACAGUGGGAGAAGCUACAACGCCACCAUGCUGCUGCAGGACCGGGAGUCAUUGGUGAGUUUGCUGGUUGGAGCACGGUAUGGCGUCAGUCAAAUUCUUAACCACAAGCUCAACAUGAUCUCCACCAUCAUAGACUUUCAUUAUAUCAGCCGUGUAGAGGUGCUCUCUGAGUCUGACAGGGUCAGCAUGAUAAAGAUCUACCUGCAUGACAUCCAGCCCCUGGCCUUGCUAAUGGAUUCAGUAUCUGCUAAGGAUUUGGCCUGUUUGCUGGCUGGCUACUGCAAAUUAUUGGUAGAUCCCAACAUGAACGUGUUCCGCUGGGGACCGCGACCUAAAAUACGCCGUAUACCUUUGGAUGAAGGCUAUGGGUUCCGCUGCGGCAGCGGCUCGGAAGCAAGCUCAGAGGAGGACUACCCAAUGGACAAUGUUCAGGACGCACAGUUCUCUAAAGACACAGCUGCGACCAAUGCAAGGGAAGAUGGGAAGGAUGAAGAGGACAAACAAGGGGUCAAGGCAGAGACUGUUAGGGUCAUUGUGACCCAGGCAGAAGUGAUCGUUAAUGCAGAGGGAGAUUGUUUCGAAGGGACAAGCACAAGUGGCUUUAUUGAAGAUGAGGAUUAUGCGACAAGGGUGGAUGCCCUUCUGGAGACAGGCUGGUACACUGACCCAAGGGUUAACAGUAGCUUCUCUAGUCUGUCCAGUAACUCCCUCAAUGCUCUCGAAGAGAGUAGCAGCAGAGUAUACAUUACAGGGCCUUUUCUGGAGGAGAUAUCCAAAUCUGAUCAGGCUACUGGGUCUAGCCUAGAUGUCCACCACCCAUACCUUUUGGAGGUGCCUGAACAGCUGAACCAGGAUGAUGAUUCAAAUAUGCUAGCGCAGCCAGGUUUGAGAUACAGUGACUACUCCCAAAUGUCUAACUACCUCCCCAGCCCAACCGAGGCCAGUGAUGAUGCACUGAGUGAUUUGGAAGGAGAUGAAAAUAGAAAUUAUAGAGUUAUUCCAGGUGUGUCUGCAGACCUAGACACUGUGCCAGCUUCAGGGAGUAGCAGUAGCAUAAAAUCUACAGUAGCUGGUGUCGAUGUUCAAGCACUCUUAGCAAGGAUCCGAAACCAUCCAGCUUGCAAGCAAGAAUGGGAAAACUCUAACCUCAGUCAGAGAGAGCAUGCAAAAAAAUCAGCUAGGGUCAAAGCUCCACCUCCACCUCCAAGAAUAGUGUCUUCAAGGGUUUAUGAAAUAACAAAGGACUCCAGAGACAAUUGUUCAGAAUCAGAGGAUGAGUUCUUUGAUGCCCAGGACCGUCUUACUCCACCAGUUCUAGAUCCUAUAGGAGAAAAGGACUUACGUUUGAGUUGCAAAAAACAAUCUCUGAAAAUGACUGGGGGCAAGGUCAGCGUGGAGAAGACAUCAGCACCUGAAACCAUACAGAACCACGAGGACAAGCAGCACAGGAACGCUUCCUUACCUGCCAGUAGAUACAGCCUAAAGAAGAAAACUUCCUCCAUCACUCUGGCAGAAGCUCAUCAGCCAUCACUGGUCCUUCUCAAUCAACAAACCCUGAAAGAAUCUAAGCCUGUCUUGGGCAUCUCUGAGCAGAAGGGCCAGCGAAGUAAUGGAGAGAUUCAUGGCCGCAAUGCUCACCUGUUGGAGAUGGAGCCAGACACCAUGGAGUUUAAGCCUGUUACUACUACUGGGCCACUGCUUCCUUCCCCCUUAAUUACUGCGGUAUGGCAAGGUAACUCUCAACCAGUGCCCACAGUGAACCCUGAAGCACUUUGGAAUGAAGGCAAGCAACAGCAAGAAACUUCCAGUCAUGCCCCAAUAUUUUUGGCAAAUGCUAUUCCCAGUCAUGCGCCUGUCAAGACAUCUGAUUAUCAAAAUAUUUCAAAGCCCACAGAGAUUCCAGAAGAUGAAAGAGCUGCAUUAAUCAAGAAUAAGAAAGCAGCAGAAAGCCAAACAUUGUCAAUUUCUCAGCCCAAGAAGGAUGUUUCCUCAAAACCCCCAGUACCUCCAAAACCCACAUCCAUCGUUUUUCAGCCAUCAUCAGUUCCAAAUAUUAACCCUCCUCUAAAACCUGAAGGCAAGAAACAUGUACCUCUAAAUGGGCUUGCUUUGCCCCCCUGGUCCCAGGAAAAAAGAACCAACCCAGCCCCUACUCUGAGUAAAGGGGUGUCUCUGAGCCAUGAGAAUCUUAGAAGUGAACUAAACACAGAGGACACUACUGUCAAAGUGACCAGUGCAUCAACUACUCCAACCCCCACUUCCACACCCACUCCAUCCCCAUCUGCGGCUAUCAGAGGUUCCAUAAGUAUGGACCACAAAGAUCCAUUUGGGAUUGGGGUCAGUUUAAGUAGCAGAACUUCUUCUGGACGUCUAUCUGCUUCCGCACUACGUGGAAAGAUCCAGGACAUGCCAUGGUAUCUCACCCGAUCCCAGGAAAUCUUGGGGACGGUAGCACUCAGCGGAAAUAGAUCAUCAGACACUAAAGCAUCCAAGGACACAGAUGAGCACAAGGAACCUAUAAAGGAAUCACAAAAAGUCACUUCAAUACCUUCUUUGAAUGAAUGGAAAGACAAAGAUGCAGAGGUUGUUGUAGUGAAACUCAAAGAUGGGCCACAACAAGUUGCCUCACUUGUAAAAGAGACCAGUGAGACUUCAUUGUCUCUUAGUCUAGACCUGAACCAGAAUGCUUUGCGUGGCUCAAAUGAACUCUACUCACACUUGGGAACAUGCAAGUCUGAACAGCCCCAAUCUCAAAAAGACUGUGGUACAAAGGAUGGUCUGGAAAGGCCAUCUCCUCCAUCCAGCACUGGCACACCCCAUCGCAAAGCAUGUGGUUGCCAUACUGUUUAUGCUCACUGCUUCAGUGGGGAUUUGGAGGAUACGUGUAGCUUUGAUGAUGAUCUGACAGUUUACGAGUUCUCCCGUCAAAAGCGGAUCAGCAAACCACCACAGACCUUCUCCACACCUUCCUCCCUUACAGCACCUUCUCCAAACAUCCUAUCCCUGCUCAGAGACUCUCCCAGGCCCCUCUCAAACUCCUCAGAGCUUAGCCCGCUCCUUACGCCACCCCGGCCACUGGAGCCUCGACUCCUGGGAUGUAGCCGUCUGGAGGAUCCGCUCCGUGACCUUCAGAGCAGACGGUAUAUAAUGGGCCCUAAAGGUACAGGACUUAAAGGGGGAUACACUUCCCUCCACAGAGACAUAGAUGAGCUACUCCUGGUGCUUAAAAAUGGAGAGUGCGCAAUAAAACCUGCAUGCCACAAGGAGCAGUGUGAUAAGGGCAGUUGUAUGAAUGGACACUCCAUUUCAGAUUCGGAGCGCUGCCUGGUGCAAGCUGAGGCACGGCGGUUGGCCUCGGGCUGCCAGCGUGCCACACGAGUUAGCUGGGCACCAGAUGAUGCCCUGCUCUCUCUGGGCAAUAGCUUUGGAGCCCUGGUACAUCUAGCAGCAGCUUGUCUCAGAGUAUCUUGUUCAGAAUGCAGAGGUUGCCAUGUUGAUAUUGAUGGAGCUGAGGCUCUAAGGAAACUCCAGGAGAUUGUGUGCCUGUAUAAAGAGUUUGUGACAGCUGUGGAAAUGACGCAAGAAGGAGAAGGUGUCAGGUUAUUGGCCAAACAGUGCACGGUUCUCAUCUCAACAGUAUUCUCACUCACACAGCUCUUCAGGACACAUACUCCAGAUACAGACAAUAGACACUUACCUCUGAACUUCUGAGCUUGGACCUUAUAGGUGAAACUGAACAUAGAACUCAAAGAGAGAAUGGUGAUUCUUCUUUUCAUUUAAAGACUAUGAAUGUGUGCUGGCACACAUGAAAUUAAAGUGCCGUAUACACACACACAUGCAUAUACACAUUCAUACACACUAACAGGCAAAUAAGUCUACCCAAAACUAUAAGUUUUAUCCAUUACAAAUGUUGGCCUUGCCAAGUUUCCUUAUAAACAUACCUGGGUUAUUAAUUUAUUGAUAUACAUACAGUAGUUAUUUUCUAACAGUUCUUCUAAUAUGUACAGUAUGUAUUCAAGUACUUAUUUAUUUUUACAUACUGUGUGUGCACCAUGGAUUCUAAGCUAUGUUUUUAUUUAUUUUUACAUACUGUUUUUAUUUUGCUGUAUAUAAAUUCCUACCUCUUCGAAUAAUGUCCAUGGAAACCUACACGGAAGUAUUUUGACAUCCCAUUUGUGUUCUUUUUUGUUUUGUCACGUUGCUCUUCAGUGGAUCAGGUGUGAUACUUUAGGAUAAGACAGACAGAGGAGAUGCUGAACGCUCUCUUUCCCUUACUCCUGAGCAUGUACACAAACAGUGGAUGCUAGUGAGGAUAUAAAGAACACUCGGUAACUCAGCAAUCUUGGCCAGUCUUUUUGUCAUCCCAUUACCCAAUGGACUUUCCUUUCUUUUUGUCUGAAAGAUGGAUAAGACUGGAUUUAGUAAAAGACUGGAGACAAUAUGUAUGCGACAGUGUGGAAUUUUAUAUCUGUACAUCAGUCUGCAAGUUUGAUGCUGGUUUUUAUAUUUGUGAUUUAGCUGACACUUAAUUGUAGUGAUCAGUUUUAUCCAAAGAUAUUAUAGCACAAGAGAGGUGCUUUUUCACCAUUCAGUUCUAACACUGACUGAUCUGAUUAACACUGGUCAAACUAUGGUAUUUUCACUGGUCUUUAUUUUAUUACUAUGCAAGUGUCACCAGUUCAUCAUGGAAAUUUUACCACAUAUCAGUCUUUCUUAUAGUGAAUAUUUUAUGUCUGAUCAAAACUGUUAAUGAGCUGUCCUUGAUCACUAAUCAUUUAAUUUUGAUAAGAGGGCUUCCCUAACUAACCUAAGCCUUAUACGUGAUCUGGAAGGAUUUUUAAGGAAAUACCCUUCAUCAAGGUCAAAAUAAUUAAUUAUGCAACAUGGAUCCAAAUUUGCCUUGUGCUGAUUGGAGGAAAAAAAUACUUUGUUGCCAAGGAUUGCUCUGUCUUCCGCUAGCGUUAGGCAACCCCAACUUUAGUCAGCGCAUUUGUUGUCCGAAAUACACUCAGCUGUAAAGCCUGAUAAACUGGCUGCACGGUCUUUAGUAGCAUUACACACUUCAUGCUGAUGGUGGACCUUUCUGAAGUUUCACAAGUAAUGUGUGAGGUAAGGAUCUGUAAGGGAGAGACUGGUUCUAGUUUGGCAGCUGGCAGCUCUGAAUGAUGAAAACCAGGUAACGUGACAUACUUCUUAAGGCAUAUGAUCUCAUUUAACAUAAAACAUUUUUAGCGUUUACCUGUAUUCUUUACAUUAUAGAAGAGCUUCCAGAUGGCAAUAGUAGUGUAACACACACACACACACACACACAGAUUAGAUGUUGAAUCAUGUCAGAUGUAGCAAAGUUUUCCUUAAGGU